AUGUCCUCGACGACGAUGAACCCAGAAAGCCGUCUAGAAGAACUUCAAAUGAUACGGUACUCCCUGCUACCUGAAGAAACCCUCGAAUUCGUCCACGAUCCAGAAUUCUGGGACGAAGUCUUGAACGAUGCCGACGUGGAGACCGUCUCGCAAAGGGAUGCUGAACGGUUCGCUUCAGCAAUCUUCACGCUCAAGAUCGCUGGCGUCGAUAAUGUAUGGCUGCAGGUUACGUUGCCUGUUGGAUCCAGUGGGGCACCGAUCGUGUCUGUAAAAUCAGAUACGCUGCCUCGGACAGAGCUCGAGAGCUGGCAACGUCUGGUGAACGAGAAGGUCGAAGAGGCUCGAGAAACAGAGUUCGGACUCUACAACAUACUUUCCUCGCAACUCCUGCCUCUCCUUCACGAAUUCGAACCAGACGAACCCAAACCCUCUGAAAAAGAUGCACCCCGCCGCCACCAGCCAGUAGCACAACCCAAGAUCUACCACGUCCUGUUCACCUCCCACCACCUCAUCUCGCCAAAAAAGCGCCGUUCUCUCCAACAAUGGACAUCCUCCCUGCGCCUAUCCGGAUUCGCAAAAGUCGGCUAUCCAGGCUUGAUCUACGCCCAAGGAGACCAAGAAAACCUAGAGGAGUUCGUCUCCAACGUCAAAGCCAUGCAGUGGCUGGCAUUGAAGGUUCGAUUCGUAGAACCGUUGCCGGAGAGAUAUCUGGUGGAUGGCGAACCCCAAUUGGGUGGAUGGAGAGAGUUUCAAAGGGUCGGCGAGGUAGUGGAAGAGAUGAAGAAGCUGAAGAGAGAAGACUUCAUUUUCGAUAUGGGCAUAGGAAGCUCGAAUACCGAUUGA